UUACCGAAUCAGCUGUUCAACAUGGCGUCCGCCGGAUUGUUCGUCUCUCGUAAUUUAAGGAAUAUUGCAAGACUCCCAGGAAAUUGCAGAGCACUUCAGACCUCUAGUAUUGUUAAGGAUUCUUCACCCACUCAUACAGGACAGAAAUUUGACGAGAAUGAUAGCCGAAAUGCCAGGUUCAUGGUGAAUCCCAGACAAACAAAUCCGAGGUGGUCCAUCAACUUGAUCAAGGAAGUUCCUCCCAAGGCGGUAAACACUCGCAUUGUGGCUUGUGAUGGAGGUCCUGGAGCUCUCGGCCACCCCAGGGUCUAUAUCAACUUGGACCAGCCAGGAACUCACGACUGCAUCUAUUGUGGGCUCCGGUAUUACAAGGAGGAUAGCCAUUAACACAAUUAUGGAUUGUCAUGGGAGAAGUAGCAAUGCACCAUUAUAUGCUAUUUUUUCCCCUUCCUUUGCAGAGAGCGAACUUUUUUCUUUUACCUUUGUAGGACUGUAAAUAAUUCAGUGUUAAUAAAUUAUACAU